AUGGGCCUGCUUCCUGAAUUCGACGAUCGACACAUCGAAGCUGAACAGCAGGAAUACCACCCAUAUGAGUAUCAAACUGACAACAAUGACUCAUGGGCUGGUGCCUUGCCGGUGAAGCAGGGUCUGUACGACCCGGCUUAUGAACGAGAUGCGUGUGGUGUCGGCUUUGCUUGUCACAUCAAGGGCAAGCCCAGCCACAAGAUUGUCAGCGAUGCUCGCAAUUUGCUGUGCAACAUGACCCAUCGUGGAGCCGUGGGAUCUGACGCACGAGACGGCGACGGAGCUGGUGUCAUGACAUCUAUCCCUCAUCGGUUUUUCAUCAAAAACUUUGAAAAGGAGCAGGACAUUAAGUUGCCCCCUCCUGGCCAAUACGCUGUAGGAAACUUGUUUUUCAAGCCCGACGAGGAGACUCUUGAAGAGUCUCAGAGGCAGCUGGAAGAUGUUGCCGAGUCGUUGGGCCUUCGGGUCCUGGGAUGGCGAAGGCCUCCCGUCGACUCGACACUGCUCGGCCCCGCGGCGAAGUCUCGUGAGCCCAUCAUUGCUCAACCCUUUGUCGUCCUUGCCUCUGCCUAUGGCUCUGGUGUCGCUCCGGAGAUGACUGAUCCGCAAAAGUUUGACGAGAGAUUGUUCGAGCGACAGCUCUAUGUUCUCCGAAAACGUGCCACUCAUACUAUCGGUCUCAAGAAUUGGUUCUACCUCUGCUCCUUGUCCAACAAGAAUAUUGUCUACAAGGGUCAACUCUCUCCUGUCCAGGUGUACUCGUACUACCAUGAUCUGGUCAAUGCCGAUUACGAAGCUCACUUUGCUCUGGUUCACUCUCGAUUCUCCACAAACACCUUCCCUUCAUGGGACAGGGCGCAGCCUCUUCGAUGGGCCGCCCACAAUGGUGAAAUCAAUACCCUGCGAGGCAACAAGAACUGGAUGCGCGCCCGGGAGGGCGUAAUGAACUCUGAUAUCUUCAAGGAGGAGUUGGAGCAGAUGUAUCCAAUUGUCGAGGACGGUGGCUCUGACUCUGCCGCCUUUGAUAACGUCCUCGAGCUUUUGACCAUCAAUGGCGUGCUCUCCCUCCCCGAAGCUGUCAUGCUCAUGGUUCCCGAGGCCUGGCAGGGCAAUGACCAGAUGGACCCCAAGAAGGCCGCUUUCUACGAAUGGGCAGCUUGCCAGAUGGAGCCUUGGGAUGGCCCUGCUUUGUUCACAUUUGCCGAUGGCCGGUACUGCGGCGCCAAUUUGGACAGGAAUGGCCUCCGCCCUUGCAGAUUCUACGUCAUGGAUGAUGAUCGCAUUAUCUGCGCCUCCGAAGUCGGUACUAUUCCCGUUGAGCCUGAGAGUGUUAUCCAAAAGGGUAGAUUGCAACCCGGAAGAAUGCUGCUGGUAGAUACUAAAGCCGGUCGCAUCAUAGACGACAAAGAACUCAAAGCUGCUGUUGCCAACCGCCACGACUUUCGCUCAUGGCUUAGCAAGGAGCUUCUUACCAUGCCCAAGCUUCUGGAGAAACUCGAGUCUGCUAUUGACCUCGCUGCUAAGCCCAAUGCUAUACCCCUACAAGAGGACCCUCUUUUGCUUUCUUUUGGAUAUACUCAUGAGCAGGUCAGUUUGCUGCUUGCUCCCAUGGCUGCUGAUGAAAAGGAAGCACUGGGAUCCAUGGGCAAUGAUGCUCCUCUAGCUUGCUUAACCCCAGCACCUCGACUGCUGUAUGACUACUUCCGUCAGCUCUUUGCCCAAGUCACCAACCCUCCGAUUGACCCUAUUCGAGAGUCUAUUGUCAUGUCUUUGGAGUGCUAUGUUGGCCCCCAAGGCAACCUUUUGGAGAUGGAUCCCUCUCAAUGUGGCCGCCUUUUACUGCCGAGCCCCAUUCUCUCCAUCCCCGAGUUCAACGCCAUCAAGAACAUGUCCACCGUCCAACCUGAAUGGACUGUCAAGACUAUUGACUUGACUUUCCCCAAGUCCCAAGGAGUUCAGGGCUAUAUCAAACAUCUGGAUGAAAUUUGCAACGAGGCCACUGCUGCCAUCGAGGCUCGUGACAGAAUCAUUGUACUUUCCGACCGCAAGACCUCAGCUGACCGGGUUGCCGUCUCUGCUGCUCUAGCAUCGGCCAUGGUGCACCAUCAUCUUGUCAGCAACAAGUGGCGUUCCAUGGCCGCUCUAGUAGUUGAAACUGCUGAGGCUCGUGAGGUCCACCACAUGUGUGUCCUGCUUGGCUAUGGCGCUGACGCUAUCAACCCAUAUCUUGCCAUGGAGUGUGUACUCAAGCUGAACCGGGAGGGAUUGAUCAAAAAGAAGCUUUCGGAUGAGGCCCUUAUCCGCAACUAUAUCCACUCUUGCGAUGGAGGCAUCUUGAAAGUCAUGAGCAAGAUGGGCAUCUCCACACUUGCCUCUUACAAGGGUGCUCAGAUCUUUGAGGCUCUCGGUCUCGAUGAGACCGUUGUCGAACGCUGCUUCAAGGGUACAGCUUCUCGUAUCCAGGGCUUGACGUUUGAACUCAUCGCUGAGGAUGCCUUCCGUUUCCAUGAGCGCGGUUUCCCGUCCCGGUACACUGUUGAUAUCAAGGCCCUUCCAGAGUCCGGAGAGUACCACUGGCGUGAUGGUGGUGAACCUCACAUCAACAGCCCUGCCGCCAUUGCUAAUAUCCAAGACGCUGUUCGAAACAAGAACGAUAAGUCAUACGAGGCUUAUUCUAAAGCCGAGUAUGAGCAAAUCAAGAACUGCACUCUCCGAGGCCUUUUGGACUUCAACUUUGAGGAUGCUACCCCUGUGCCUAUCGAUCAGGUGGAACCAUGGACUGAAAUUGUCAGACGAUUCUGCACUGGCGCUAUGUCUUACGGCUCUAUUUCCAUGGAGUCUCACUCCACCCUGGCUGUCGCGAUGAACAGACUCGGCGGCAAGUCUAAUACUGGUGAAGGUGGCGAGGACCCCGAGCGAUCGGAGCGCAUGCCAAAUGGUGACACUAUGCGGUCUGCCAUUAAGCAGGUUGCCUCCGGCCGUUUUGGUGUCACUUCUGCCUAUCUUGCCGACUCUGAUGAGCUUCAGAUUAAGAUGGCACAGGGUGCCAAGCCCGGCGAGGGCGGCGAGCUUCCUGGCCACAAGGUCUCCAAGUCUAUUGCUCGCACCCGUCACUCUACUCCUGGUGUCGGCCUCAUUUCUCCUCCUCCUCACCAUGAUAUUUACUCUAUUGAGGACCUUAAGCAGCUCAUCUACGAUUUGAAGUGCUCUAGCCCCCGAUCACGAGUCUCCGUCAAGCUCGUCUCCGAAGUCGGUGUAGGUAUCGUGGCCUCUGGUGUGGCCAAGGCCAAGGCUGACCACAUCCUCAUUUCUGGACACGAUGGUGGUACUGGUGCUUCUCGAUGGACUGGUAUCAAGUAUGCUGGUCUCCCUUGGGAGUUGGGUCUGGCCGAAACCCAUCAGACCUUGGUUUUGAACGACCUUCGUGGCCGAGUUGUUGUCCAGACUGAUGGCCAGCUAAGGACUGGACGUGACGUUGCCAUUGCAUGUUUGCUCGGUGCUGAGGAAUGGGGCUUUGCCACUGCGCCUCUCAUUGCAAUGGGCUGCAUCUUCAUGCGCAAGUGCCAUUUAAACACCUGCCCUGUUGGUAUCGCCACCCAAGACCCUGAACUGCGAAAGAAGUUCCAGGGAACGCCUGAGCAUGUCAUCAACUUCUUCUACUAUAUUGCCAAUGAGCUUCGAGCCAUCAUGGCUCAGCUGGGUUUUCGUACCAUUAAUGAAAUGGUUGGCCAUGUCGAACACCUCAAGAUGCGUGAUGAUCUUCGCACGCACAAGACUGCCAAUAUUGACUUAUCGUUGCUCCUGACACCUGCUCAUAAACUUCGACCUGGUGUCGCCACUUUCAAUGUCCGAAAGCAAGAUCACAAGCUUUAUGUUCGCCUUGACAACAAGCUCAUCUCAGAAGCUGAGUUGACUCUCGACAAGGGUCUCCCAUCCCGAAUCGAAUGUGACAUUGUCAACACUGACCGAGCGAUGGGUACGUCGUUGUCGUAUCAGAUUUCCAAGAGAUAUGGCGAGGCUGGCUUGCCUAUGGACACUGUUCACGUCAACAUCAAGGGCUCUGCAGGUCAGUCUUUCGGCGCCUUCCUCGCACCUGGCGUCACACUGGAACUCGAGGGUGAUGCCAAUGACUAUGUCGGGAAGGGUCUUUCUGGUGGUCGCUUGAUCGUCUACCCUCCUCGUAAUGCCGUUUUCAAGGCCGAAGAAAAUAUUCUUGUUGGCAACGUCUGUCUCUACGGUGCCACCGCUGGAACUUGCUUUUUCCGCGGUAUUGCUGCCGAGCGAUUCGCUGUCCGCAACUCUGGUGCUACGGCAGUUGUUGAAGGUGUUGGUGACCAUGGUUGUGAGUACAUGACUGGUGGUCGUGUUAUCAUUCUGGGACGUACUGGACGCAACUUUGCUGCUGGUAUGUCUGGUGGUAUUGCCUAUGUGCUCGAUAUCCACAGCGACUUCCGAUCCAAGCUCAACACGGAAAUGGUUGAGGCUGAACCGAUCACGGACCCUUCUGAAAUUGCCUUUGUCCGUGGCCUCAUCGAGGAUCACCACCACUACACUGGAUCCGAGCUUGCUGCCCGUAUCUUGGUUGACUUCAACCGUGCCCUCCCUCGCUUUGUCAAGGUCCUUCCUGUUGACUACAAGCGAGUCCUGGAGGAGGAGGCUGCCAAAGCUGCUGAGGCUAAGCGUGCUGAGUACAACCUCCCUGUUGUUUCUGGAGUGAAACACAAGAAGGAAGAGAAGGCUGCUAAGUUGCAGGAUUUGGAGGAGGCUAUUGGUGAUGCCAAGGCCGAAAAGAAGAGGGCUUUGGUGCUUGACAAGACUAAGGGGUUCAUGAAGUAUGCUCGCCGCUCUGAGAAGUACCGCGCUGCUUCGACCCGGACUAAGGACUGGGCUGAACUCAGCUCUCGUCUUGACGAGGAUGAGCUCAAGUAUCAGUCAGCCCGUUGCAUGGACUGUGGCGUUCCGUUUUGCCAGUCUGAGACGGGAUGCCCCAUCUCCAAUAUCAUUCCCAAGUGGAAUGAAUUGGUCUUCUCAAACCAGUGGAAGGAUGCUCUUAACCGCCUUCUCAUGACCAACAACUUCCCCGAGUUCACUGGACGUGUGUGCCCUGCUCCUUGCGAGGGAGCCUGUGUCUUGGGCAUCAAUGAAGAUCCCGUCGGUAUCAAAUCUAUCGAAUGCGCCAUCAUUGACCGUGGUUUCGAGAUGGGCUGGAUGAUUCCCCACCCCCCUGAGAUCCGCACCGGCAAAAACAUUGCCAUUAUCGGUUCUGGUCCCGCUGGUCUUGCUGCGGCCGACCAGCUCAACCGUGCUGGUCACAGCGUCACCGUCUACGAGCGUGCCGACCGUCUUGGUGGCCUCUUGAUGUAUGGUAUCCCCAACAUGAAGCUUGACAAGCGCAUCGUCAAGCGCCGAACCGACUUUAUGGCCGCGGAGGGCGUAAACUUCAAGACAGGCGUUGCCGUCGGUGAGGAGGGUCAGCCGUCACUAUCUGACCUUCGUGCCAGUAAUGACGCCGUAAUCAUUGCUACUGGUGCCACGGUUGCCCGUGAUCUGCCUAUUAAGGGCCGUGAGCUAGGCGGCAUCCAUUACGCCAUGGAGUUCCUGCACAAGAACACCAAGUCUCUCCUAGACUCGGAACUCGUCGAUAAUGCGUACAUUUCUGCUAAAGACAAGCAUGUUGUCGUUAUUGGUGGUGGUGACACUGGUAACGACUGUAUUGGUACAUCGGUUCGUCACGGUGCAAAGUCGGUCACCAACUUCGAGCUGCUGCCUCAGCCUCCUCCCGAGCGAGCUAGCGACAACCCUUGGCCCCAAUGGCCCCGCAUCUAUCGCGUUGACUAUGGCCAUACUGAGGUUCGCCAGCACACUGGCAAGGACCCCCGAGAAUACUGCAUCAUGUCCGAGGAGUUUGUCGAUGAUGGCAGCGGCAAGGUCAAGGGUAUCAACACCAUUCGUGUGGAGUGGACCAAGUCUCCUAGUGGCGGUUGGGACAUGAAGAAGGUCGAGGGGUCUCAGCAAUUUUUCCCUGCUGACCUCGUCCUCUUGGCCAUGGGUUUCUUGGGACCCGAGGCCCGUGUUCUUGGAGACGAGAUUGAAAAGGACGCUCGCAAGAAUGUCAAGACACCUGCCGGCAAGUACUGCACCAAUGUAGAGGGUGUCUUUGCUGCCGGCGAUGCCCGUCGUGGACAGUCUCUCAUUGUUUGGGGUAUCAAUGAAGGCCGCAUGGCCGCUCGCGAGGUUGAUUUGUACCUUGAAAAGAACACUAAUCUUCCCGUUACUGGUGGUAUCGUGAAGCGCACCGCCCAGGAGAUUCUGGGCCGUGUCGCCGAAGUCAACUAA